UGCUGCGAUUUUAAAGCUGCUGUCUUUGAUAAAGAUGAAAAACAUAUCGUCACCAGCACCAACAACCUCGUCAUCAUCUGGGACUUCGUGGCGGUUAAGAACGGCAAGACAGACGCCUAUCAGAUUAGGCGUAUAAGUGAUUAUAUUAAAGACAUUGCUUUCUUGCAUAUGAAAGAUAAAGAAGCAGUACUCAUGGUUACUCCUUCUUCAGUUACAACGCGAGGAGUUCGCCGGGCCUAUCAAGACUGUGAAUCACCAGAAGAAGCAUAA